UGUCCACAGGAGAAGGGCGGCCCACGGUCCUGAAACACUCUGUGGACGCCACCUAUGAGGAGCCGGGCCCAAGCCCUACGUACCGCAUGGAGCUCUCCAUCUUCUACGUGGUCUACUUCGUGGCCUUCCCCUUCUUCUUCGUCAACAUCUUUGUGGCCUUGAUCAUCAUCACCUUCCAGGAGCAGGGGGACAAGGUGCUGUGUGAAUGCAGCCUGGAGAAGAACGAGAACAAUUUCAUCAACCUCAGGUUUCUCCGCCUCUUCCGUGCUGCCCGGCUCAUCAAGCUGCUGCGCCAAGGCUACACCGUCUGCAUCCUGCUGUGGACCUUCGUCCAGUCCUUCAAAGCCCUGCCCUACAUGUGUCUGCUCAUCGCCAUGCUGUUCUUCAUCUAUGCCAUCAUCGGCAUGCAG